UGUACUUUUGUCGUCGAAGGACGUUCACCAGUUCACGUUCCAUUCAGUUUAGUACGCGACUGGAUGUUUAAACGAAAGCUAGCUGUCAGCGAAUAGCCUUUUUAAAACAUACUUUUUCUCUCUCUCUCUCUCUCUCUCUUUUUUAAUCGUAUUAACUGAAAUAUCGUAACUCUUUGAGGAUUAAAAUGACGGAGGAAAAUCAAGAAUCAGACGUUUCUGCGCUAUGCAUCGAUGUAUCGAAAACCACGCCAGUUAGCGGUGAAUUAAAAAAAACUAAAGAAGAAAAUGAAAUUGAUCCUGAAUCAGGUAAAUGGACCCCUUUAUUGGUCUUGGCAGGAGCUACAAGUUGUCUGGGUUCCGCGUUACCAGCUGGAUACAGCUUAGGUGUAUUAAACAAUCCUGCAGAGAUAAUUCAGAACUUUUGCAAUCAAAGUAUUAUCGAAAGAUAUGACAUACAAUUGACUCAUAACGAGAUGAUGAUAUUAUGGGCUACCAUAGUAUCAAUAUUUUUAAUUGGUGGAGUAACUGGAUCUUUGGUAGCAAGUUGGUUAGCGGAUAGAUUCGGAAGAAAGGGAGCAUUGAUGACUGGAAAUAUAUUUGGAAUCGUAGGUGCUAUUCUCUUUCUCCUUGUACCAACAUUAAAUUCUGUUGAAUUGUUACUUAUAGGCAGACUAAUUGUUGGUCUGUCAGGAGGAUUAGCUACUAGUUUAUUACCCAUGUAUAUGACAGAAAUAGCACCUCUUAAAUUAAGAGGUGCUGUUGGAGUACUAUGUCAAUUAGGCAUCACAUGUGGUGUGUUUCUUGGACAAAUUGCAGGACUUGAUACAAUGUUAGGUACUGAAGAAAAUUGGCAUAUCAUGUUAGCAGGAUUUUCACUUUUAUGUGCAAUUGCGCUACUUCUUACCUUUGUACUGCCAGAAAGUCCAAAAUAUUUAUACAUAAUUAAGGAACAACAGAGUAAAGCUCUUAAAGAGUUAAGUCGUCUACGUAAUAUGGAUAUUAUGUUAUUACAAAACGAAGUUGCUGGUUUACAACACGAAUUCGUGACCAAAUCCUCGGCAGAUAAUUGGACGAUAGGUCGUAUAUUAAAAGAGCGCAGUGUUAGAUUACCUUUACUCCUAGUAUGUUCUCUUCAAUUUGGCCAACAAUUAACUGGUAUAAGUGCAGUAUUUUACUAUUCGAGUUCGAUAUUUAAAGAUGCAGGAUUAGGAACUACUGGAUCACAAUAUGCUACUCUUGGAACUGGCUUCGCUAAUAUUGCUAUGGCUGUGAUAUCUGUUCCUGUUAUGUCAUUAUUUCAUAGACGAAUUGUGUUAUUAAGUAGUUGUUAUUUGUGUAUCGGAUGUCUCAUCGUUUUAUGUACUUCCAUAGCUUUAAUCCAUACAGUUUCAUUUAUGCCAUGGGUAUGCAUAGUGGCAGUAAUGUUUUAUGUCAUCUUUUAUGGUAUUGGCCUUGGUCCAAUUCCUUUUUUUAUUGGGUCAGAAUUGUUUGAUGUUGGACCCAGACCUGUUGCAAUGUCUCUUGGAAGUGUUUGUAAUUGGGGUGGUAAUUUUAUUGUUGGAAUGUUAUUUCCAACGAUGCAAGAAUUACUCGGCCCUUACACCUUUCUUAUCUUUACAGGAUGUAUUUUACUUCUAGCACAAUUUGUUGGAUUCUAUUUGCCAGAAACACGAGGUAGAAGUACUAUGGAAGUUGCAGCAUCUAUUACGCAAGGAUUGAAAUCAAGGGUAAAUGCAAAGCCCGUUUAGAUAGUAAAUUUCUAAAAUUUUUGAACGUGAUGAUUAAUAAAAAAAGACGAUCUAUGUUAUAUAAAUGGUUUACUCCAUAAUCAAUAACGUUACGGAUAAAGUAAAGUAUUAUAAAAAGCAAUCAUGAAGGCAGUGGAAUCAUGAUUUAUUUGCAUGUUAUAUCAUUUGUUUUAUAUACGAAUUGUGUAAUUUUUGACGGAAAAAAUUAACUUAUUUUAAUUGUAUAUAUUUACAUGAACAUGUACACAAUCUACAUUCCCAUUGUAUCCAGUACAAUGGAUUAUUUAUAUAAAUUUAAUACGUUUUACGUUCUCA